AUGGGUGUACAGUCUCCUGACGAGUUUCUGUCUGAAGGAAGAGAUUGUUAUAUCCACCUGAGUAGUUCGAUCAGUCAACACAGUGAUGGAGCCACAAUAACAUCUACCUCAGAAGGGCUGGAUGAAAGUGAAGUGGAGAGAGAAACUCCCCUGAUUGUCAAAUUGGAGGAUCAGACAUCAGUAGAUUUAUGUCAUGACUAGAGCAGGGAUCCUAACAGCGAUGAAGAAGAUGUGUUGUGGAUGGAGAAGCAGCUGUCCUGCUUCUGUGAUAAGUUCCAAAAAUGGAUAAAAACAAGACAGCUGAGGGGACAGUUCGGUUAUGUUAAGGGUGAUAAUUUUUUUAGAUUUACUUUUUCUGAUUGCUCAGCAGACGGCAAGGAACAGUAUAAAAGGCUGAGGCUGACAUGGCAGCAAGUCAUCAUGUUGGCAAUGUACAAUUUGUCUCUGGAAGGAUGUAGACAUCAAGGUUAUUUCAGGUAGAACAAAGAUAUCUGUACUUUUAUUGGGAAACAUCGGACUUUUUUACUAGGGAAAAAUAAAAAGACUUCAAACUGGUGGAGCACAGUAGCAGGUUGCCUCAGUGUGAGACGUCCCAUAUACUUCUGUUCAGGUGCUCAGGAAUUUGGAUAACCAGGAUGAUGGAAGCUUGUUCAUAACAAACCCUCAACAUUGAAACCUAAGGAAAAAAAGUUGUCUGCCCCAAGUCUGAUAAAAGCAGCCUCAAAACCAACCUUAGAUCCCAUCAUUACUGUUCAGGGACUUAGAGAACAGGCAAGUUAGAAUCCUGUGGAAUCUGCCAUGGAAUUAAAAGAGAAAAGGUCUUGAGCUCAGGAAGCAAAAGACAUUAGAAGAGCCCAGAAAGAAGUGGCUGACUUUCUUGACAGAAGUAUGUCUUCUAUCCCUGUAAAAUAAAGCCAAGGCCACAAGUCAUAUGUGAUUCUUAAGAAAGAAGAGAUUGACUUUUCAUCUUUGAGCUCUUCUGACCAUACCACAUUGACAAGCCCAUCUACUUCUCCUCUGGAUUUCUCUGCGCCCCGCCACCCCGCCCACCAGACAGCUGCCUCUCAUUCGGUAAUGCCUGGUUUUCUUUUAGAAGCAGAUCUGAUUCCAGAUGUAAUGCCCCUACAAGCUUUGUUCCAUGAUGAUGAUGAUGAGAUGGAAGGCAAUGGAGCCAUAGACCCAGGGAUGGAGUAUGUCUACAACAUUGACACGUUGCUUAGGUGA